AUGAGGCAGCUAGGAAAGACCAGGCAGCCUUCCCUCGAUCACGAUGCUCUCCCAGCGAUUCACCCGCGGGGCAACCCGAUUGAACGCCCAGAUGCGUUCCCCGUUGUCCGCUCGACCGUCCAGCGACGAUUCAACUCCACCUCCCCCAACGAGUUCGUCAAGGAGCGCCAGCACACCAAGGACCACGCCAACGGCACCACUGACCUCUGGCGAAAGAUCUCCAUCUUCGCCUGCAUUCCUGCCCUCGUCCUCGCCAGCGCCAACGCCUACAAGCUCUGGAACGAUCACUGGGAGCACUGGUCUCACCUCCCUCCUCUGGAGGAGCGCACCGAGUACCCUUACCAGAACGUCCGCUCUAGGAACUUCAGCUGGGGUGAUGGUGACAAGACUCUUUUCUGGAAUGAGAAUGUCAACUACCACAACCACGACAAGGUUAAAUAA